AUGUCUUUCUUCACUCAUCAACUGUGCCCGUCUGCCCAUCAUCCCCCUCUACUGUGUAUGGAUACCUCAGCACGCUCCGCAACCCUCACUCACUCUUACUCUCGCUCUCAUUCUCACUCCCCCCAAGGUCUCAUUAAUUCUGUAUUGCAUGUCACUCGCACUCGCUCACACGCCUUUAGCAGCGUGCCUCCGCUCUGCGCGCGCUUUCGCUCUUACACCAUGCGCUAG